AGGGAAGUGAGCCAUGUGUUCAGUGUCCUUGAAAGAGAAUCUCAAAGAAGGGAAACAGGAAGAAAUGGCUAUUCCUCCGGUAAAUAUGUCACAGGGUGUGUUGACAUUUAGGGAUGUAGCUGUGGACUUCUCCCAGGAUGAGUGGGAAUGCCUGGACUCUGCUCAGAGAGCUUUGUACAUUGAUGUGAUGUUGGAGAAUUACAACAACAUGGUCUUUGUGGAGAACUAUUACAUACGUGAUCCUGUCCAUCACCAUGUGAAUACUGAAAAGGAGUCUUGUCAGUGUGAUGAGCUUGACAAAGUGCUUCAUGACCCCUCCACAUGUGCACUUCAUAGAACAAGUGAAACUACAGAAAACUCUAAUAACUACACAUGCAGUAGUCAUAGGAAUGCCUCUGUUGACUCAUCAAACCCAGACAGACAUGAAAGCAUGCACACUAGAGAAGAACCUUGCCAACAUAAAGUCUGUGAGAAAUCUAUAAAUUUGUGUUCCAGCAUUACUCAAGAUCAGAGAGUCUACACUGCAGAGAAAGAGCACAGGCAGGGAGAACAUGAUGAGUCUUUGAGCUUUGCAUACAGGCUUUUGCAACAACCAAUCAGCAUUGAAGAAAAUCCACAGCAAUGUGGGAAAUGCAAAAAAUACUUGAGGACUGCAUCCUACCUCAAUGAUCAUGAGAGAAUUCAUACUGGAAUUAAACCCUAUCAGUGCAACUUCACCCAGCAUUCUAGUUGCAAAAUAUACCAAAGUCUUCAUACUGUGGAAAAAUCUUACACAUGUAUGGAAUGUGACAGGUCCUUUACUUGGAACUCACAAUUUAGAAUACAUCAGAGUGUUCACACUGAGGAGAAACCUUACAAAUCUAGCAAAUGUGACAAGUUCUUUACACAGGACUCCCGUGCUAGAAGACAUCAGAGAGUUCAUGCUGGAGAGAGACCUUACAAAUGUAUGGAAUGUGACAAAUCUUUUACCUGGGAUUCAGAUCUUAGAAGACAUCAGAGAGUUCAUACUGGAGAGAGACCUUACAAAUGCAUAGAAUGUGACAAGUCUUUUACCUGGGAUUCAGAUCUUAGAAGACAUCAGAGAGUUCAUACUGGAGAGAAACCUUACAAAUGCAUAGAAUGUGACAAGUCUUUUACCUGGAUUUCAGAUCUUAGAACACAUCAGAGAGUUCAUACUGGAGAGGGACCUUACAAAUGCGUAGAAUGUGAAAAGUCCUUUACCGGAGUCUCAGGGCUUACAAAACAUCAGAGACUUCAUACUGGAGAGAGACCUUACAGUUGCAAGCAAUGUGACAAGUCCUUUACCUGGAACGCACAACUUAGAAGACAUCAGAGUGAUCACACUGAGGAGAAACCUUAUAAAUGUAUUGAAUGUGACAAGUCCUUUUCCUGGAACUCCCAACUUAGAAGGCAUCGGAGUGUUCACACUGAGGAGAAACCAUACAAAUGUAUUGAAUGUGACAAGUCCUUUUACUUGAACUCCCAACUUAGAAGGCAUCAGAGUGUUCACACUGAGGAGAAACCAUACAAAUGUAUUGAAUGUGACAAGUCCUUUUACUUGAACUCCCAACUUAGAAGGCAUCAGAGUGUUCACACUGAGGGGAAACCUUAUGAAUGUAUUGAAUGUGCAAAGUCCUUUAACAAGAUGUCACAGUUUAUAAGACAUCAGAGGGUCCAUGCUGGAGAGAGAAGUUACAGUUGUCAGGAAUGUGACAAAUCUUUUAACUGUUCUUCAGGUCUUAGAAGACAUCAGAGAGUUCAUACUGGAGAGAGACCUUACAGAUGCAAGCAAUGUGACAAAUCUUUUAGCUGUUGUUCAGGUCUUAGAAGACAUCAGAGAGUUCAUACUGGAGAGAGACCUUACAGUUGUAUACAAUGUGACAAAUCCUUUACCCAGGUCUCACUUCUUAGAACACAUCAGAGAGUUCAUACAGGAGAGAGACCUUACAAAUGCAUAGAAUGUAACAAAACCUUUACCCAGGACUCACAUCUUAGAACACAUCAGAGAGUUCAUACUGGAGAGAGACCUUACAGUUGUCAGGAAUGUGACAAAUCCUUUACCUAUUGCUCAGAUCUUAGAAGGCAUCAGAGAGUUCACACUGGACAGAGACCUUACAAAUGUACAGAAUGUGACAAGUCCUUUACUUGGGAUUCAGAUCUUAGAACACAUCAGAGAGUUCAUACUGGGGAAAAACCUUACAAAUGUUUGCAAUGUGAUGAGUCCUUUACCUGGAAAGCACAACUAAGAAGACACAGAGUUCACACUGAGGAGAAACCUUACACAUGUAUUGAAUGUGACAAGUCCUUUACCAAGAUGUCAGAUUUUAUAAUACAUUAGAGGGUCCAUUCUGGAGAGAGCCCUUGAAGUUGUAAGGAAUGUAACAAAUCUUUUACUAGAGGUAAACAUCUUAGAACAUACUAGAAUAUUCAUUCUGUAAAGAAACCUUACAACUGCCAAGACUGACAUAUCCUAUAUCCAUAUUACGAGUCUUAACAGGAGGAGAGAAAAAUACUAUUGUAAAUACUGUGACAUGCCAUUUUCUGGUAUUCUCUGCUUACAAAUAAUAAUAUGUAUAAUACAAACAUAAAGAUAAGAAACUUGUGAAAACCUUUAGUGAGGUUUAAAUCUUAGAAAACAUCACAGAUUAUGCCAUAUUAAAAUUCUCUCAAUGUUACUGCA